AAAUUACUAUCAGUCUACUAUAAUUUUAAUGUGCCUUUCUGUUGUGGAUUAUCUGAAUUCUAUAUGUAUACACUAUAUACAGAAAAUAUAUUGCAAAUUAUAUUUCCAUAAAAUGAUGAUAAUUACUACCCAACAAAUAUAUCUAAUUAUUAAAAUAAAAAUUCUCAUUAACUAACUCUGUCUUUUGUAUAUCAAUAUGUAUUAAAUUUUUCAUUAUAUUAAUUUUACAUUUAACUACUGCCUAUAACUUAAAUUAAUAAAUAAAAUUACAACUUAAAAAAUAAACUAUUAUUUAGACCUUUAUUAAAAAUUCUUUAUCAAUAAUUCGUUGAUAAAAAAGUAAAAAUUCUUUUAGUGUAUAUCAGAUAUUUUUUAGCUCUGUUAAAGGAAUUUUCUUUCAAAUAUUAUUAUUUUUUUUAUAACAAAUACAUUAUUUUACAAUAUUUAAUUUUCUGUAUAAGAAACCUUUUCUUAUAUGUAUAAUAAUAUUAAUUUCUUCCAUUUUAUCAUAUUAUUGUGACUAUAGUUUAAAAAAGGAACUUGUCAGAAAGUUAAAAAAAGUAUACAUAUAUACAUAUAUAUUUUACAAACUCUCAUUAGUGGAUAUGUAGAUCUGUAUUUAAGUGUACACAAAAUGCAGGUCUGUUUCUAGUCAUAUAUAAGUCUUAUAAGCUGUUAUCUGCAUUGAAAUGAUAUUUGCUAAGAAUAAUUCUAUGUUAUGAUAAUUGACGACAGGUGCCUUUGCAGAUCUUAAUGAGAAGUAAGACAUCAUUAUUAGUCAUGGUAGUGAAAAGGUGUUUGACAGAAGAUAUUACAGUAUAAAAUUUUGUUGUAUCUUCAUAAAGUACAUGUAUAUGUAUACAAAUGGUUUCACUUACCAAUAUAAAUCUGCAAUCCAUGUUAAUGUUAAAUGUAUUGCUACAAUCAAUAGAGUCUACUGAAAUUUCAGUAAAAGAUGAAGUCAGUUCUUACAUUAAAGGAAAUUUAACAUGCCCAUUACCAAUAACAACUUUGGAUUUUCUCUACAAUUUUUCACAAUCCGAUUUAGAAAUUGUAUGGCCUUGUGAAAUCCGUUUUUACUGGUUAUCAUUACAACCAUUUGUUAAAUUUGUACGCUUUUUACUUGGCUACGUAACACCAUUUAUUAUAAUGCUUGGUGUAAUGUUAAAUACUAUUUCUUUUGUAAUAUUAAGUACACCUAUACUUUGUGAAUCAAAUUUGUCACUUUAUUUAAAGGCACUUGCCUUAUCUGAUAAUGGAGCAUUAGUAUUUAAUUAUGCUGUAGGUAUUGCAAAGUCACAUUUUAUAUUUGUUAAUAAUCUUUUCAUGGCUAGUAGAUUUCUAUGCAGUUUGAAUUCUAUUACUAUGGAAUUCUUUCAAUUUACAUCUACUUGGCUAGUUGUAGUUCUCACAUGGACACGAGUAUUUGCUAUAAUGUUUCCUUUUGGAAUAUAUGGUCAUUAUAACAAUUCUUCGGGAACAAUAACUAUUACUAUUUUGAUAUGUGUCAGCUUUAUAAUAUCAUUAACAAAAUUGUAUUCAGGAGGCUACGAAACAGACAGUGUUUUUGAAUUUAUACCAUGCCAAAAGAAAAUAAAACCAUGGGGUAGUGCUAUGUAUUUUUAUAUUGCAUUAUCAACUUGGUUACCUUUACUUUUUAUAUUUAUUGGAAAUAUUUUACUGAUUAUACUCAUGAAAAAAACUGAAAAAAUUCACUGUCAGUUAACUCAAAAUUUCAGACAUAAAACAAACAAAGUACAUCAUACUUUUAGAAUAUUAUUUGUAGUAUCAACUGUUUAUCUAGUAUUACUAUUACCCCUUGGUAUAGUUGAAACUUUGGAACUUUAUUGGGAUGUCAUUUUGAUUAAAUUUCCCGGUACUGAGAUGAAAAGAAAAGCGGAAUAUAUACACUGGUUAAAAGAAAAAAUGUUAUUAAAGUGGUGCCGCGGUUUAUGCUUUCAUAUAUAUCAUUGGAAUUUUGCAAUUAAUUUCUUUUUAUAUUGUCUGACAGGUGAAAAAUUUAGAAACAUAGUCAUACAGACAUUAAAACGAUAUAAAAUUGUAAUCUUUUCAAUCUUUUCUAAACAUAUCAACAAAUGUAUAUUGUGUUCAAAAUAUCCUACACAUUUAAAACCCGCACAGUCUCCGAACGUAUUACUAAUAAGAGCUAUCACGCUUGGUGAACAUCCUACCUCUGGAAGUGUUUCUGCGCAAAAUAAUAGUACCACUAUUGCAAACACUUAAUGUAAAGAAUAUAUAAAUCAAAUUUAUAAAGACUGUUAGCAUUAAACAUUGCAAAAAUGUUUGUAUAUCCACAUAUUUUUAUUGAAUAUGUACACUGUUAUAUAUUUCAUGUCAAAUUUUAUCACUUUACUUAUAUCACUUUUGGUAGGAGUAUUUUUCCUUGUUUAUAUUUUCACUAAUUUUAUUACAUAUUUUCAUAAUUUACAAAACUUGAAUUUUCUAUUACAUAUUUCUAGAAAGUAUAUCAUAUUAUUAAUAUUAUGUAUCACAUUAAAUAAUUUAUUUUACACACAUGAUAAAAAUGAUGUAUGUUCUUCUAAAAGAGAUCACAAUGACCAAUCGAUACGAAAUUUGAGAGAGAGAGAGAGAGAGAGCACGAGCGAGAGAGAAGGGGAGGGGUGGAUCCCAAAUUUAAAAUUUUAGCUGUGGCUAUUUAUUAGUUUUUGAGUUAUUAAUAAAAGCUUCCGAUACUAUAUAUUGAAUGGUGUCUAUAUAGAUGUUGCUAAUUAUUAAUCAACCGUCUUCGCUGAUAGUUGUUCUCUGGUACCUAUUCUCAAUUGUCAAAUAGCCGAUGAUGCAAUAGCGAUAUCACUUCAGUAUCUAUACGGUGUCCCCCGUAAAAUAGGUUAUUGUAGCUUCAGUUGUCCAAAGGAUGUUUUAUUUUCUAUUUAAUUAUUUUUUGAACCGAUUAAGUAAUCAAAUACUAGCCGGCCGCUGUAAGGCGACAGGAUAUCUUUAUAUAUAGUUUGAUAACUAAGGUUGAUCGCUGGUUAUGUAGUGCACACACGACACGCAAACACGCACACACACGGUAUAUUAACCCGACAUUUUACGACCACGAAGAUUAAAACGUAACUUAGUCUAAAAACAGCGAACGGAUUUUAGAUAGGACACCGUAUACAUACUGAGGUCGAUAUAGCUGUUGCGUUAUCAGCUACUUGACAAUCAGCACUCGACAUUCGACGACGACUACUACAGCGAAAACAGUUGCUAUAUAUAUGUAUAGCAUCGAAAGUCUUUUUAUCAAUAUUUCGGAAACGAAUAAAUAUAAAUAAAUAAAUAAAAAUUUUUAAAUAA